AUGAUUGAUGAUUUAUCAUUGAGUAAAUACAAGACGUCGUUGGUACCUCAACAGAGUCCUAGCGAUUGUUCUAUGAAUAAUUUUGAAGAAAUACCUUUAUCCAAGAUACAAGGUGAUCUAAAGUAUGAAAACAAUUUGAAGAACUCUUGCAGUUCUAUUUUAAUUUCUGAAUUGGAGCUUGAGGAUGAGACAGCAAAUGUCAAUGGUGGUCCGGCUUGCCCUCAGCAGGUCUUGCAAUCACCUGCAUCUGUGCCUCCAUCCCUGGGAAACGGAGUCAGUGGUAACUUACCUGGACUGGUGAUUGCCGAAAGUUACCUUGGCAAAGUUCGACCAGGCACGUGCCAUCAUGAAGGGCCAAGUAACGCCAAAAAUACCAGUUCCGUCCCCCCGCCCAACUGCAACCAACUCCCAGAAGCUGCCCAUCUGCAAGUGUUAAGCCACAAGGAUUACUUGGUAGUUCCCUCGUAUGGCUCUCCCAUUCUCAAACUGUAUGGAGAUGUCGUCUCCUCCUUCGCGCAGUUGACAACCCCAUCGGGCGGCACGACUCAUCUGUCGGCCUUCCCCUCGACCUCAUCGUUCAAUGUCGACCAACUGUUCAUCUCUUGUCCUCAACAACUGGUUGAGAACUCGCCAUUGCCCAACGACAAGUUCAACAUUAUCUCCAGCCUACAGCUGUCCAAGGUCACAGACGAAGAUCAACAGGCCUCCUCCUCCUCUGGUCAGCUAAUGCCAGUGGAAGACAUCCCUUUGGACCCCAAGAUUCUCCAACUCAGCAGAUUGUUCAGUCGCGAGUUGGCCGAGCUCAUCUACUUCAACCGCAUCCUGAACGAGGCACACAUCAAGUCCCAUCCAGAGUUGGAAAGGAUCAGGUUCUUGGCCAUCGCCUUACAAAACAUCGACGUGUACUUUUGCAAACGAGCUCAAAAGCUGAGAAGUGAUUUCAUCCCAACUUGCAAGUCAUUGAAGUCCGAGGAUAGCUACAUCGCCAUUGUGCGUAGUACAACUAGAGACUUGAUCAACGUCGCCUACAAACUGUUCAAUGAUGUCCUGUUGCCCCAGCUUGCCAACAAUAUAUCCAUUCUUAAAUACAAUGACUUGAACAACGAGGAGAAGCAGAAGUUGAGUGAAUACUUCUUGCAAAUGUUCCCAUUGAUAACACCGCUGGUGGUUGAUGCUGGACAUCCAUUCCCCAAUCUUAACAACCUCAGUUUGAAUAUCGCCGUCAGUCUCAAGCUCGAAAAUGGCGACACCAGAUUCGGUUGUGUCACCGUACCCAAGACACUAUCUCGCUUCUAUCCUAUCUCACAACGAUCCAACUAUAGUUAUAUACCGAUGGAAGAGAUCAUCCUGGCCAACUUGGACACACUGUUCCCAAACACCAAGAUAUUGGAACAGGCGCUGUUCAGGGUCACGCGUCAUAACGACCUGAAGCUGAACGAAAAGAAGGCCAAAGACCUGAGAGAGCACAUCGAGACCGAGAUCCACAAAUGCAAAUUUGCGCCAAUGGUUCGUCUUGAGGUCUCAGCCUCAAUGUCCAAGGACAUCAUCGACACCUUAUCCACACAUCUAAAACUGGACGAGGGCGACUUGUUCACCAUCGAUGGUCUCCUUGGCCUCUCUGAUCUAUUCGAGUUGUGCCAGGUGGACCUGCCCCAUCUCAAAUUUGAACCAUGGGUACCACACACCCACAAUCGAUUAACUUCCCAAGACAUAUUCAGUACAAUAAGGAAUGGUGACCUCCUGGUCAAACUACCCUACGUCAGCUUCAAUAGCAGUGUCCAACUCUUCAUUGAGAGCUCAGUGAAGGAUCCACAUGUAAAGACUAUAAAGAUAUCGAUUUAUAGGACCAACCCCAAUUCACAAUUGAUUGGAGCUCUGUGUGAAGCUGCUUCGCGCGACAAGGAUGUCCAUGUACUUGUGGAUCUUAAGGCGAGUGGAGACGAGGUACAGAACAAAAAGUAUGCAGAACAGCUUCAACAGGCGGGUUGUAACGUGAUCUACGGCAUUGUUGGUCUAAAGACUCACGCCAAGAUUGCCAUGGUGGUACGUGAGGAGGAGGACAAGAAGCUCAAGACGUACAUGCACUACUCCACAGGCAACUACAAUGCCAGCACGGCCAACUUCUACACGGAUAUUGGCAUUUUCAGUUGCGACCAAGAGUUGGGCAAGGACAUGUGCGACCUGUUCAACUAUAUCACUGGCUGCAGCAAUAUCACCGAGUUCAAAAAACUGGUGAUUGCUCCGUUAACCAUGCGCUCAACUCUCCUACAACUAAUCAGAGUUGAGGCAAAGAAUGCAAGAGAGGGCAAAGAGGCAACAAUAAUGGCUGUGAUGAAUGGUCUUGACGACGAGAUGAUAGUCAAUGAACUAUACAACGCGAGCAUGGCUGGUGUCACCAUCAAACUGGUCGUCAGGGGCAGGUGCAGACUCCUACCAGGCAUUCCCGGCAUCAGUCACAAUAUUCAAGUCAUAAGUAUCUUGGGCAGGUUCUUGGAGCACAGCAGAAUCUCCUACUUCCACAAUGGCAACAAUCCAAAGGCGUUCAUAUCCAGCGCAGAUUGGCAGCAUAGGAACUUGGAGAGGCGUGUAGAGACAUUGGUGCCAGUCAGCGACCCCAACAACAUCAAGGAGUUGCGCGAUUCCAUUGAUGUCUACUACAAGGAUCCAAGCGCAUGGUUCAUGAUGUCUGAUGGCCGCUACAGAAAGAUGCUCAACUCAGAGUCUUCUUUGUGUUCACAAAACGUAUUAAUGAAGGAGACCAUCAAGAAGCAUCCAGUGAGCUCCAAUAAAUAA